AUGGAAAAUUCGAAUGUAGUUUCAAAUAAGAUGGAGGAAAAAAGUGAGUUUUCAAAUUUAAGUGAAAAUAUUUCAGAAAUAGACAAUAAUUCAAUUUCGAAUUUAAAAUUAAUAAGUCCUGAAAAUAAAAAAUAUCUUAUAAAUAAUUAUAUGGAUAAAAUAAAAUAUAUUAUAUCAAGUAAUAGUAAACCAAAUUAUUAUGAAAUUCUUAAUGUUAAUAUAAAUAGUGAUUAUAAAACUAUUAGAAGAAGCUAUUUAUAUUUAUCAAAGCUUUUAGAAGUUAAUAAGAAACUACCUAGUGAAUAUGAAGAAUGUUAUUCUUUAAUACAAAAAUCAUAUCGAAUUUUAACAGAUAAAUUUGAAAGAUUUUAUUAUGAUGCUUUAAAUAAUUAUAUUAAUGAUAUCGAGAUAGAAAAUCAAAGAAAAAUUCUCGAAAAAGAAGGAGAUUUAAUUUAUGCUAAUAAAAUUGAAGAAUUAAAAGAAAUAUAUAACAAAAAAUUAAAUGAAGAAAAUUUAAAAAAUGGAUUAAUAAUAGAAAAAGCUUUAUUUGGAAAUUUAACUUUAAAAAAAAAAUGUAUAAAUAAUUGUUUAAAUAUACAACCAAUAACUGAAGAACAUAUAAAAGGUCCAUUUUUAGAUUAUACAAUUAUUUUACAAUCAAAAGUUGAAAACAGUUCAUUAUUAUUUAAUGAUGAUUAUUCAUUUGCCUAUUUUUGUGAUAUUCCUAAACCUUUAAUAAAAAUUCCAAGUAAAAAAAUGAAAAAAAAAAAAAAAAAACAAGAAAAUGAUGUUGAUAAUUAUGAAACUAAUAAAUCUUAUGCAGAUAUAUUAGAAGACACUGAAAUGUAUUUAUAUAUAAAAUAUAAAUUUUUAAAUAUAUAUCAUGAAUUAAUAGUUGUUGAUAGAUCAAAUUUUACUAUACCUCAAAGUUCUCAUCGAAUUUUUGGUAAUCUUAUAUCAGGCCCAUUUUCACCUGUUAAUAUUAUAAAAAUGAAGCAUAUAUCUAAUUCCUAUACUGAUCAUAUUUUUCAUUUUUUUGCAAAAAAUAAAUUAUAUAUAACUUUAUUUACAACGAUUAUGUUAUGCGUCCAAUCAAUGAAAUCGAUGUGUGCAUAA